AAGAAAAUUUGAUUUUCUUCCCCUUUUAUACUCAUCAAAUACUUGGCCUCGUUGCGGUGCACAUUCCCCUUUUUCUAAUCAAAUUUUGUCUCGAGUCAAUUAAAUUUCGUCUCGGUUUAAAUUUAGUACAUUUUUAUUGAACUAACUUUAAAUUAUUUUUCGGGUCCCAUAAAUAAAAUCUAGUCGUAUUUAUUUUAGUCGCACGACAUCCAAUUGCCUCGUAAAAAGUGAAAAAUUUGACUUUUGGCGAAAAUUGACUGGAUAGUUAUAUUUCGCGAUAUGAAUCCAAAUGUGAGGUCCAUUUUGCCAUCCGAGUUCCAUAAAAAUUCGGAUUUUCAACCCGUACCGUAAUGACAAAUUACUGUUUAGCCCUUUUUAAUAAAAUUUUAAUUUUUCUGGGUUUUACAUCGUAUAAUAGUAUCGUUUUGGGAGGUGACGAGUCGGAUACUCGUCCGACUCAUAUUAGUAUUGACCCAUUUUUUGAACCAUGCCUAGGAGACUUUUGGAAGACUUGUGAAAAUGAAAUGAUUCCUUUCCACGCAUUGUGAAUUUUUCGUUCUCUUGAUUUUCCUUUUACCGAUAUAUAGUAUUCAACUGACAUGGAAAGCAAAACUGAAUUACCUCGAUGUCUUUUGUAAUUUGGUUGCCAACAGCUUUGUAAAUGCUUUUAGGCUUCAUCUAAUUCUUCUUCCUUACACAAAAAAGAAUAUUCAGUGUUUCUGUGUGCGCGUAAGUCACAAGAAUGAAUCAAUCAUCUUUUGGCAGUAUAAAUGGAGAAAAUAAACAUCAUGGGACACCUACAAAUCCAUGUGCUUCAGAUCGGGUACCUGGAGGAUCUUCUAGUGGAUCUGCUGUUGCAGUUGGUGCAAGGCUUGUAGAUUUCUCCUUAGGUACUGACACUGGAGGAAGCGUAAGAGUUCCAGCCUCAUAUUGUGGGAUUUUUGGGUUUCGGCCUUCUCAUGGAGUUGUUUCUACUACAGGGGUUAUUCCUAUGGCACAGAGUCUUGACACUGUGGGCUGGUUUGCCAGGGACCCUGUGCUAUUGAAUCAAGUUGGGAGGGUUCUACUGCAAAUGCCUGAUAUGCAUCCUGCUAGACCCGAGCAUAUUUUUAUUGCAGAUGAUUGUUUCAAGCUUCUAAGCAUUCCAAGUGAUCGAGUUUCUAAAGUUCUUGUUAAUGCUGCAGAGAAGUUACUUGGGGGUCACAUUUUGAAAACUGUGAGCCUUGGGGCCUACGUUGAGGAGAGAGUUCCAAGUUUGAAGCUUUUCAUGGGGAAAGGAAGCAGAAAUGAAGAGCCUAAUAUACCAUCGUUGGUAGCUCUUUCAAGUGCCAUGCGAUUACUUCAAAGGUAUGAGUUCAAGAAAAAUCAUGGUGAAUGGGUCAGUAGUGUCAAACCUGAUUUAGGUCCAGGGAUAUCAGAACGUGUGUGGGAAGCUAUUGCAGCUACAGAUGAAAAUAUAGAUGUCUGCCAAAGAAUGUUGACUGAAUUACGUGCUGCUCUGGCUUCUCUUGUUGGGGAUCUGGGCAUCCUUGCAAUCCCUACAGUUCCUGGGCCUCCUCCAAAACUACAAACAGAGGCUUCUACCCUGGAAACUUUUCGUGUCAGAGCUUUUAGCUUGUUGUCCAUUGCUGGAGUAUCUGGAUUUUGCCAGUUGAGCAUACCUCUUGGGAUGUAUGAUAAUCUUCCGGUGGCAGUGUCUUUGCUAGCAAAACAUGGCUCAGAUGCAUUCCUACUGAAUGUUGUUGAGAUCCUUUAUGACACUCUCAAAGAGCAGGUUGAAAUUGCAGAAAAUUUGGGUUACUAAAUUAUUUGUGAUAUAAGAGGUAAAUCUCUUUCCUGCUUGUAUUUUCUCGCUGCUUGAAAGCACUCUAAUUCGUCAGUUUUAUUCCAAGCAGUCCUCAACUGUAGCUUCUGUGAGGGUCCAUUUAUUUUCUUGUAGCAUCUCAGAAUGCAGACUGAAUGGACUUAAUAGAGCAAAGGGUAUUACUUUGGUUGCUACUUUAGCUUGAGAGCGACAAGUUAUGCUUAAUGGGUGGAUAUCGGCGAGACAUAUUUCGUUGCUGGCAUUAGUAGUUGCAAAUUCAGAGUUCAAAAUCACAGCAUUGGAAUAAUAUUUCUGGAAUCUUGUAACUUUUGGGAUGAGGGGAGGAAAAUUAUUUAUGCAAAUACUACUGUGCUGUAUUAUUUAUACAAAUAAUACUACCUUUAUGUAUGUUUUAUUUGCACUAAUACUAGAUUUCAUGGUCAUGUAAACUAUUUAGUGUUAGACCAUCUCCUGUAGGUUCUGUAUUUUCACUCAAUUCUUUAUUAUA